AUGUUAGUUAAACAACAAUACUGGGAGAGGGAGUGUGUAACAGAGUUUGUGGACGGGAUUGACCUAAAUGAGGUAGAGUGUGGUGGCUGUCCAUUUGGUUUUGAGAUAGGUGAUUUGUCUGGUGUUGGCGAUGAUAGACCCGGAGCUCUAUUGAAUAGCAUUAAACAAAUGCAUUCCUCCGUCGAAGAAGAAGAAGAAGAAAACGAUAGUCAAGAAUCAUUAGCUUUUAAAUAA